AUGACUUCUUCCGCUCCUCCAGACCAGCAUGCCCUCGCCUAUCGCGGCCAACCUCUCCCAAAUAUUCUUGAAGACCAAGUUGUUCCCGACGUCUUAACGCUCAACUGCGACGAGCGGUUUUGGGUUCCUCAAUCCGACCAAGUUUGGUUCCGGCCAUUGUUGUUCUCCGUCAGCCAGGGUUACUUUGUCAAUCUUCUAAGAGUCCGCAAAUCUGGAAUCCUGUCACGACACCGCCACGCUGGCCCUGUGCACGCCACGGUAUUAAAGGGCAGAUGGCACUAUCUCGAGCACCCUUGGUGGGCAGAGCAAGGAAGCUAUGCCUUUGAGCCACCGGGUGACAUCCAUACAUUAGAGGUCCCAGAGGACGUGGAGGAAAUGGUGACCAUGUUUCACGUCACUGGCGCUUAUAUCUACGUUGACGUUGAUGGCAAUCCUGUGGGCGUUGAGGAUGUCUUCAGCAAGAUACAGAAGGCCAAGGAGCAUUACGAGAAAGUUGGACUAGGGGCGGACUUUGUGAACCAAUUCAUUCGUUGA